UUGAAACAUAGCAGUGAAACACAGUGAAUAAAAUGGCCGAAACAGCUACUGAAGUCGUUCCCGCAGCAUCAGUUGCUGCAUCUCCAGCCAAGACACCGAAAAAGGCUCGUGCUCCUAAAGGAGAGGAUAAGAAACCAAAAAAGCCAGCCACCCAUCCACCAGUGAACGAAAUGGUUCUGGCCGCCAUCAAGACCUUAAAGGAACGUAAUGGAUCUUCUCUUCAGGCCAUCAAGAAGUAUAUCGGUGCCAAUUACAAGUGUGAUGUUGCUAAGCUCUCAACUUUCAUAAAAAAAUCUUUGAAGAGUGGUGUCGAGAAAGGUAAUCUUGUGCAAACCAAAGGAAGUGGAGCAUCGGGAUCCUUCAAAAUCAAACCUAAGGAUAAGACACCUGCGGGCGAGAAGAAACCAAAGAAAGCUGCGACUGGGAAGAAACCUGCAGGGGAAAAGAAAGUCGCCAAAAAGGCAGCCACUUCUAAAACUGCUGCUGCCAAAAAGCCGAAGGAAGCACCAGCAAAAAAAGCGGUUCAGAAGAAGGCUAAAGCUGUCGUCGCCAAAACCGCCAAAAAGGCUGGAACCGUAAAGAAAGCAGCCGCUUCCAAACAGAAACCAACCAAAGCAUCGAAGACAGCAGCGAAGAAGCCUAAAACUCCAAAACCGAAAAAGGCAGCACCAGCAAAGAAAGCUGCUCCGAAGAAAGCUGCUGCCAAAAAGUAAAGUGCACUGGUGCUUUUCAUUUGAAACUUAUUUAAAAACAAACAGUCCUUCUCAGGACUACCAAAACCAAUGGAACGAAAGAGUAACAAUAGUUUUCCACCUCUAAGAAUUCGAAUGUUUUCUUCAUGACAGUUAAUAUACAUUUUCACACAUCAUCAUCUUGUAUCCAACAUUAAACAAUUCUGAUAAUGUUGGUAUUUUAACGAAAAAGCUAAUCGAUGAUACCGAAUAGCAUCAUGAGAAUUACGAUUGUUUAAGGGAGGACCCCGGUCUAGAAAAUCGAAAAAAUCGAAUUUUUGUUUCUUGCAUUUUUGGGAAGUUUAUGUCCUCAGAAAUGUUGUCCUAAAAAAAUUUAUCGUAUUUUAUGGAAACGAAAUAUGGAAAGUUACAGCCACAAAAGUAUGAAGUCACCUUAAGGUAUGUACGAAUUUUAAAGCGCGUUUUUCUCGAAACCAUGUUAUUUCAACUGGUGGUGUCGAUAUCUCAGGAUCUACUCGACCGAUCUGGCUGAAAUUGUUUAUCAGCAUGUAAAAAUGAAUUAUCGGCGUUACAUAGCCGUUUUUCGAUAUAUCAUUUUUUCGAUUUUUGAAAAAUCGCUAUUUAGAGAUUUUUCAUGAAAAAUGUCUAAUUUUUAACGAAAAUGGCCGCCGUUUUGGCAAUUUUUCGAAUUUUCAAAAAACCCCUAUGUAACGCUUUAAGUAUUGUCUUAAAGUUUCAAAAUAUUCAUUAAAAUUUGUUCUACGACACCUCGUUGCUUCAGAACCGAUACCACCAACAAGGUACCGAUUUUCAGACAACAUCUACGCAUCCAGCCGUCAACAGCGUCAUAAUCAGUAUUCGUGCACUCAAAG